ACGUAAUGCAACUUCCGCUAGCAUUAGCGGCGGGUGUUUGUUGACAGCAACACCGCUUGGAUUGUACGCUGCUUUUUAAAAAGUUUUGUUUUCUUAUCGGAGCAGAAUGGCAUCAUCCAGCUCAUACAAACUUAGAUGUUCCAUCUCUGGCCACGAGAUGGACGUGAGGGGACUCGUAAGUGCGGUUUUCCCAGAAGGAGCCUUGGUGUCUGUGUCCAGAGACCGAACCGGAAGAGUUUGGGUGCCGAACUCAAGUCCAGAUAAAGGCUUCACUGAGAUGCACUGUAUGUCUGGCCACUCAAACUUUGUAUCGUGUGUAUGCAUCAUCACACCCAAUGAAACAUAUCCUCGAGGCCUGAUUGCCACCGGUGGCAAUGACAAUAACAUCUGUGUUUUCUCUCUGGAUCAACCACAACCUCUGUUCACCCUUCAGGGUCAUAAAAAUACAGUUUGCACUCUGGCCUCGGGGAAGUUUGGGACACUCUUGAGUGGCUCCUGGGACACUACAGCAAAAGUUUGGCUCAAUGAGAAGUGCAUGAUGACCCUGCAGGGCCACACUGCAGCUGUGUGGGCGGUGACCAUCCUACCCGAACAAGGCCUUAUGCUUUCUGGAUCAGCAGAUAAGACCAUCAAGCUUUGGAAGGCUGGUCGAUGUGAGAAGACUUUUACAGGACACGAGGACUGCGUUAGAGGACUGGCAGUGAUCAGCAGCACGGAGUUCUUCUCCUGCAGCAACGACACCAGCAUCAGACGGUGGCUGGUGACGGGUGAAUGUGUGCAGGUCUACUACAGUCACACCAACUACAUCUACAGCUUAGCCGUCUUCCCCAACAGCCAAGAUUUCAUAAGCACCGGAGAGGACCGGAGUGUGAGGCUAUGGAGGGGGGGUGAGUGCUGCCAGACCAUUCGCCUGCCCGCCCAGUCCAUCUGGUGCUGCUGUAUUCUGCCUAACGGUGACAUCGCCGUUGGGGCCAGUGACGGCAUCAUUCGUGUUUUUACGGAAGCUGAGGAUCGUGUAGCCAGUGCUGAAGAGCUACAGGCCUUUGAGGAUGAGCUUUCCAAAGCUACAAUCGACCCCAAAACGGGGGAUCUUGGUGACAUCAAGAUGGAGGACUUGCCAGGACGAGAACACCUCAACGAGCCGGGGAAUCGCGACGGGCAGACACGUCUGAUCAAAGAUGGUCAGAAGGUGGAGGCGUAUCAAUGGAGCGUCAGCGACGAUCGCUGGAUGAAAAUCGGAGAUGUAGUCGGAGGCUCAAACCAGCAGACCUCCAAGAGCGUGAUGUACGAAGGAAAGGAAUACGAUUACGUCUUCUCUAUCGAUGUGAACGAAGGGGGGCCGUCUUUGAAGCUACCUUACAAUGUGUCUGACGACCCCUGGCUGACAGCGCACAACUUCCUACAGAAGAACGAUCUGAGCCCCAUGUUUCUUGACCAAGUUGCUAAUUUUAUCAUCGAGAACACUAAAGGACACGUGGUGGGUCCAGCCCAGCCUGGUGGCGGCGACCCCUUCACAGGAGGGUCGCGAUAUAUUCCUGGCUGCUCCAAUGACGACCGGGGCUUUGGAGCUGAUCCAUUCACAGGUUCUGGUCGCUACAUCCCAGGGUCAAACCCCAACCCAAGUGUACCUUCAGGUGUGGCAGAUCCAUUUACAGGAAAAGGUGCCUACUCCUCAGCGGGGCUAAAGCAGACACCGACCAACAUCUACUUCCCCAAGACCGAUGGAGUCACAUUCGAUCAAGCAAACGCCUCUCAGAUCAUGGCCAAGUUAAAGGAGCUGAAUGGAGGAGCCCCCCCUGAGCACAAGCUCCCUGAGGAGACGAUGGAGAGUAUUGAGAGGCUGCUGUUAUCUGUUUGUGUGCCAGAUUCUUCUGAGCCUCCUCCCACCAUCCAGGAGAUCAACCUCCUCUGGAAGGCGUCACUCUGGCCCGAAGACAUAGUGUUUCCUGUCCUGGACAUCCUGAGGCUGGCGGUGCGCCACCCGCAGGUUAACGAGAGUCUCUGCGGCGAGGCAGAGGGCGUCCAGCUGUGCAACCACCUGCUGAAGCUAAUGAGGCCCGACGGCCGGCCCGCCAACCAGAUGCUGGCGCUGCGCACGCUUUGUAACUGCUUCAGCGGCAGACAUGGCCGUGCCCUCCUCAUGGCCCAGCGCGAGACGGUGCUGUCGCGCUCUGCCGACCUGGUAGCCGUCCGCAAUAAGAACAUCCACAUCGCCUUGGCAACGCUGGUGCUCAACUAUGCAGGGUGCCUGCACAGCCAGCCAGAUCUGGAGGCCAAGGCGCAGUGUCUGUCUGUGGCCAGCAGGGCUCUGGAGACCGUACAGGACAAGGAGGCUAUAUUUAGGCUGCUGGUGGCCUUGGGAACCACUGUGGCCUCUGACCAGACGGCCCAGGACUUGGCGCGCUCCCUGGGCGUGAGCUCUCAGAUUUCCAAGUACUCAUCCGUGUCUGAUCCGCCGAAGGUCGGCGAGUGCUGCCUGCUGGUUUUAAAAGAACUCAACUGAUGUGAAUGGAUAGGGACAAAAAGCCAGCACUUCUUUCUAUCAAUCUGUUCUCCUGAGUCAGAAGUGAGGGAGACUCUAUUAUGACUCUUGUAUGGUCUACAAUAAAAACAGAACAAAAACAUUCUCUA